AUGGCCAAGAGAUCUAGCAAUAGUUUCUCACAAGAUGAAAACCUUUUGACGGUUGAUGGUGGUCCAGCAGAAGAUGCGUUCGUGCUUUCGAGCUUUAAGAAAGAAGCACCUGCCGAAAAUGAACAAUCUGCAAAUGCGGAUAUAGAUGCUGCAGAGCUCACCGGUUUUUUGGUUGCAGAAGAAAGGUCCAAGUCAGGUACUUUGAUGGCCUUUAUGAAUAUGGCUAAUAGUAUCCUGGGUGCGGGCGUCAUCGGACAGCCUCUUGCUGUGAAAAAUUGUGGAAUUAUCGGGGGAUUUCUAGCGAUAGUGCUUCUUUCGGCGCUGGUGGACUGGACGAUUCGUCUCAUCGUAAUCAAUCUCAAAAUUUCAGGGACUUCUAGUUAUCAGGAUAGUGUGGAACUCGCUAUGGGCAGAAAAGGCAAAGUUUUGAUUUUACUCACAAACGGGCUCUUUGCGUUUGGCGGGUGCAUAGGUUUCUGUAUCAUAAUGGGAGACACAAUUCCGCAUGUAAUGCGAGCAUUUUUCCCCUCGCAUGCGAACCUUUUCAACAGGAAUGUUAUUAUUUCCGUCGUUACUACUUUGAUCUCUUUUCCUUUGUCACUGAACAGAGAUAUCUCGAAACUGUCUCGGACUUCAAUGCUGGCAUUGUUGAGUAUGGUCAUAAUAGUGUCAAUUGUUGUGAUACAUGGAUUGUCAGUCGACCCAUCUUAUAGAGGAACAAUGGACGUCAGCCAAUGGUUCUUAACGCCAAGAAUAUUUCAAGGCAUCUCUGUGAUUUCCUUCGCUCUUGUCUGCCAUCAUAACACAAGUUUCAUUUUUUUUUCUCUAAAGAAUCCAAGUAUGAAGAGAUUUGAUAGGCUGACUCACUUGAGCUGCCUUGUGGCCAUGGUUUUUUGUCUCAUUAUGGGCUACUCGGGGUUUUUGGUGUUCAAAGAUAAAACAAAAGGCAACGUUCUCAAUAAUUUCCCUGGCGACGAUCGUUUGAUCAACGUGGCAAGGUUCUGCUUCGGCUUCAACAUGUUAACAACCUUCCCCCUUGAAGUUUUCGUUUUGCGAGAUGUUGUGAGAGACUUGAUAUUCUUCAAUGCUGAUAAGUCGGAGGGUCGCCCCGUAGAGCUGAGCUUAAAGUUGCAUGUAACCAUCACCUCAGUCGUGGUUUUUACGACUAUGGCUAUUUCGUUAACCACCUGUAAUCUGGGCGCCCUUUUUGAGCUAAUUGGGGCCACCACUGCUUCUUUGAUGGCAUAUAUACUGCCUCCUUGGGUCAACCUCAUACUAACAGGUAGCAGAAAAACCAUGCGCGACAAGAUUCCUCAUUACAUGUGUAUCGCGCUUGGAUUUGCCAUAAUGUUCAUAAGCGGAACACAAACAAUUGUGGCAUCAAUAAAAGGUGGCGAUCAAAAGCACUGUGAGCUAUAA